UUCUGCAAUUUUCUCCCCCGGCCAGCGGCUCGUACUUUGAUUCUUUUGGUUUUCCAAGUCUUCCCUUGGCGACAACGACGUACCGUUUGUGAGCAUAUACUUUCUUCGGUUCUUUUUACUUCGCAUAUUAGAUUUAGAUUUGAAUCAAGUCAAAUUUUGCAAAGUUUGAUCAAAUACAUAUUAAAAAACAUUAGCCUCUACAAUACUAAAUAUAUAUUCCAUGAAACUACAUUUCGUAAUGAAUCUAACAAUAUUAUUUUGACAUUGUAAAUGUUUGUAUUUUUUCUAUAAAUUUGAUCAAAGUAAAGAUAUUUUAACUUCGGAUAAAACUUAUAUACAAACUAAAAAGGAUCAGAGGAAGUAUCAGCUAUCCCCUCCCCCAUCGUAGUACAAAUCUCCUCGGCUCCUCCACAGCUUCAGGCAGUCCAUCCUCAACCUUCAGUUCUUCAAAGCACCUUACCAAAAGGAACCAUGGCUGCCAAACCCACCUCAUGCUUUACUUUCCUAAAGGAAGCGCUGAUCCUCCCCACGUUAAACCCCAAGCUCUUCACGCCCUUGCUCCUCCUCUUUGCCGCCGCCGCCUUCCUUGACCACAUAGUCGGUUUCGUGUUCGUCCAGCCUCUCGCCGACGUCGUGGCCAGCCAUGUCUCCGAGGUCAACAACACCGACUUCUCGAGCGCCGAAUACGCGGAGGUCAUGGAGAUGGGGAGGCCGUUAUUGCAAGACGGUAUGAAGCUCAUCCUCAUCGCCGUCUCCAAGGUGAUGGUCGCCCUGGCGGUCGGCUUCGCCAAGAAGAUCCUCUUCCUCUUCGCGGCCUCCACGACCUACUCCGGCGACCGCUACUCGCUAGCCGAGCUCCUGCGCGAGCUGGUCAAGGGGAGGAUCAGCCUGAAGGGCCCGUUCAUCACCAUCGCCGUCGUCGGCGCGCUUGACUUCGCAUGGGCGGUCCUGGCCGCGCUGCCUCCCGCCCUGAUGCGCGGCCCCUCGGGGGUGCUCUCCGUCCAGGGUCUUGUCUCCCUCUACGUCACCGUCGUGGCGUUGGUGGGCGUCGCCGCGUCGGUGGUCGACAGGCGGUGCCGCGGCGUGCGGGCGCUCCGGCAGGCGUGGCGUCUCGUGACGCUGGUGAGGAGGAAGGAGGGCCUCCUGCUGGUGCUCGUGGCGCACUUCAUGCCGACCGUCGUGGCUCCGCUCUACCGGGUUGCUCUUGUGUAUGCCAAGACGAGCAUGGCGCUGUGCUUGUGCUCGCUGGCUGUGCAUGCUUUUCUGUCCUGUGCGCUGCAGCUCUUCUCUUUGAUGGCAGCAACGGUGUACUACUACCAAGCCAUGCAAAGCAAGGAGGUGAUCGAUGCCUUGUGGUUAUGUUAGAUACUUAGAUCAAUUCCUUCGGUCCUUCCGGGAAAGGAAGUGCCUCUCAUUCAUCAAGUGGUUAUGCGCUAGUCCUGGUAGGUCUCGUUUUUCUUAUCCAAGUUGGUCAUAAUGCUAGAGGGGUCUUUGAUUUCUCGUGCGACAAUGUUGAGUGUCUUUUUUAGCUGCAAUGUUAUACUAGUCAGUUGUACUCCCUCGUAUCAAAAUACAAGACGUUUUUAGGCUAAUUUCACUUUAAAUGUCUUAUAUUUUGGUACAGAGGUGGUACACACUACAUCAAAAAACACACGUCACUGGGUAUAAAGUUGUACGCCGAGUGUUAAAGCAGGGGUUCACGGCAACAUGACAAAAAAAAAAACCACUCGGCUUACUUCUACAUAAGCCGUAUAUCCGCUAAGAAGCCGAGCACCUGAUAAAUUGCACUCGGCUUAGCGAUGCACAAACUAUAUGUAGUGCAAAAAAUGAUUAGAGUAGUGAGUUGGACUUAUAAUUAGUUGUUGCAUUUUUUUCUUUCCUCCUAUUUCUCAAUCAUUCUGUCUAGGCUAAUUUUCAUGGCACUUUCGAUCC